AUGAGCAGCGUUAAAGGUGUUGUAAAUCGCAACGCCAAGACGUCUGGUAAGAAUAGCGCUACCAACACAGCUUUACAGAAUGCUGACACAAAAGAUGCAGUACAAAACAAAACACACGAAAAAGAAAAAUUGCAGCCAACAGCAGAGCAACUUAGGAUUGCUAAAAUUAUUGAUCUGAAGCCUGAUGAAGAAAUAAACAACAAAAUAAAACAGGUGAUGCAAAUAACUCAAAAAACAGAAGAUGAAGUAGUUAUCGCGCUCCAUGAUAAUGCUUUAGAUAUUGCAUUAACUAUUGAUGCACUUUUGGAAGGACCACAGGAAUCAUGGUCAACCACAGGCAAGAAGAAAAAAAAUCGAGCUAGUAGCGUAAACAAAAAAGAAAAAGACGAUUUGAUGAAAAAUGGUGAAGCAGAUGGAGAUGCUGAAUGGGACGAAACCAUUACACAAGCAGCUAGUAUUACUGCUCAAAACAAUGGCGGAUUUAGUGAGAGACGAGGUCGUGGCCGUGGUGGCCGAGGAGGCUUUACUAAUAGGCCUAGACCAACCGAAGGUGGUCAGCGAUUUGGAGAGUCACGUAAAUGGAGAGAACGUGAGAACAAAGAAAAUGAAAAGAAUUUAGCUGAAGAUGGUGCUAGUGGUGAAAAUCGUAACUUCCGUUCUGAUAGUCGAGGCUCAAGAAGAGGCAUGAAUGGACCACGUUAUAAUGGUCGUUCUAGAGGUACUCGCAUGUUCCAAAACAGUGAACGUGGUAAUUCAGGACCAGGUGGUGCCAAUAAUAGUGGAUUUAGUCAACCAAUUGACACAUGGUUCAAUCCUACUGCCAAAGAAUCAAAGAAAGAAAAUUGGGGUACAUUUCCAUCACCCGAAGACUGGGACAACGAAGAGUACACUGGUUCGUUGGCUGACACUAAAGUAUUUACUCCUAGUGGUGGUACUGAGAGUACUGUUACCAAUGAAGUUGAAGUACCAAAACCAAAUGAAAAUGCAUAUUUAGAAGUUGAAGAUUGGAAUGAUGCUGUGCAAGCACCGAAUCAGCAAGCAGCAGCUGCUAAUAAUGCAGCUUCUGAGAAACUUGCGGCUUCAAUUGCCAACAAGAGGCAACAAAAAAAAGUAGUAACCCUACCACCGGCUGCUGCUUACUACAUACAAUUCCCAUCCUCCAGUGGAAUUUGUUUCUUCACCUUUUGA